AUGGAUCUACCCAUAAAAUCAAGCAUCUCUCAGAUAGGAGAAACUCAGUGGUUGAUUGGUCACGAUCACAUCUGCGAGCUUCAGGACUUCUCUUCCUUGAAAGACAAUAUUCUCUACCGUCGGCGAGACCCGUUUGGCCGUACCUUCCAAGUCCGAUGUACUUCUUCCAUACCUGCUACGAUCCUGAUCUCGGUCCAGCCAUUCUACUCGGCGGGAGCCUCUACUGCUGUCUGGGAGUUUGCUGGCCUGAUUUGGAAGGUCAGAUCGUGGGCGCCAGACAUAGAGGAUGAAGCACAAACAAUCAGCUUUGUUAAGGAUACAUUCCCAACCAUUUCUGUCCCAGAAAUCAUCUGUCACUGGACUGAGGUGUCAGGCAAACGAUAUUUCAGGACCAUGAAGCGGGCUCCAGGAGAAACAUCAGACGACCCAUGGGGUAAACUGCCCGACUCAGAGCACAAGACGGUUGCUUCUGACAUUACCGACUACACGCUGUUAAUGGCUGACGUCCGUAGAGACGCUCUAGAGAAUGUAGCAAGAAUUGGGGUUACGAAUGCGUCCAUUCAACCAGAUUCGUGGCACUUACCAACCUUUCGCUUGAGGAUUGAUGAAGCAACAAGAUACUUUCAACCCUUUAAAAUGAUUUUUCCAAAAUGGUGGAUCAACUAUAAGGCCCGCGUUCAUGCUGUUCAACGAAUGGGCUUGGAAGAAGAAGUAGCGACAAGCAUCCGAGAUCGCCGGAUGGCUGUAUUAGAAGAAUCUCAAUCUUACUUCGGUGUCAUCGCAAAAAGCUCUGUAGGGCAGUGA